CGCGGUGCGGGACUCUGGUGACGCUGAGCUGCUGGGCUGCUGUCGGCAGGGAGGCUUAAAGUGACAAGAGCAGAACCACAGCGAUCGGAAGAAAUCUUUAAAAUAAUUAUUCGGCCAAUGGAGGAACGAUAAUUUCGACUUCAUAUCGAUAAUUAGCAUAAAAAGGUAAUAUAUAAUAUCUGUCGCUGUAAACGCGGAUAUCCGUAUCCAUCUGAAGGUUCCGUCGCGCCUUCUAUUACCGCCGUUGCUAACGAACGGUAGCUAAUCUGACGCUAACAGAGCUAACAGCUAAGCUACAAGCUAAGCUAAGUGUACGGUCGGCUCAGUCGCGGAGGAUUAAGGAGUCGCCCGGCAGCGCUGUUCGAACACCGAGCCCUCCACCAGACAUCGAGCUGAAAGUGAAGACGGACCCCAUCCGACCCCUGACCUCUGCUGCUCCCCCCCCCCCCCCCCCCCCCCCCCCCCCCAGGACGGGGCCUGUAGCAUGGUGGCCGGCUGGCGUCUGGCCAAACACUGACCAGAGGAAUGAAGGCGCUGUGGGGACUGUUGCCAAGCAGCCUGGUGGACGCAGUAGCUGGGAGUCCAAGUGAUUGUCUAUGAGCGGUUCUGUGUGCGUGGGCACAUCUUAGCACUACCUGCCCACUUCAGGCAGGACCUGCAGCUCUAGUGCGGAGCUGGAAACGGAAACCGAAAGGAACUCGUCUCUGGUGAACGAGGGCAGCGACAUCAGAAGCUGCAGCCACGACAACAAGCAGAAGAAGAAGGAAAUAAGUCUGUCAGCUGUUUGCGGACACGGGGGUCUUCAGCUGCAGGUCCAGCCCAGAGGAGGGGGUCUUCAGCUGCAGGUCCAGCCCAGAGGAGGGGGUCUUCAGCUGCAGGUCCAGCCCAGAGGAGGGGCUGGGGAUCCAGUGUACAUCUGCACAGCAGCAGCCCUGCUCUGACCUGUGUGGUCGCGGCCCCCCUCUCCCUAGAGCGCCCCUGGGUCGUGGUUUUGGAGCUCCUGCGGUCGCAUGGCCGGAGAAUAAUCGUGGAGAGGCCAGGGUAUCACAAGCUUAUGGAUUUUGACAAGAGGGGUGGCAAGGGUGAGACGGAGGAAGGGAGGACGAUGUCUAAGGCGGCGGGCAGCCGGUCCGGGGGCCGGGGCUCUGGGACCAGCUCCGGGGUUCUGAUGGUCGGGCCCAAUUUCCGCGUGGGGAAAAAGAUUGGCUGUGGAAAUUUCGGAGAGCUGCGGCUCGGGAAGAACCUGUACACCAACGAAUACGUGGCCAUCAAACUGGAACCUAUUAAGUCCAGGGCGCCACAACUCCAUUUGGAAUAUCGAUUUUACAAGCAGUUGGGAAGUUCAGAGGGAAUCCCUCAGGUGUACUACUUUGGUCCCUGUGGGAAAUACAACGCCAUGGUGCUGGAGCUACUGGGACCCAGCCUGGAGGACCUGUUUGACCUCUGCGACCGCACCUUCUCCCUGAAGACGGUCCUCAUGAUAGCCAUACAGCUGAUCACCCGGAUGGAGUACGUGCACACCAAGAGCCUGAUCUACCGGGACGUGAAGCCGGAGAACUUCCUGGUGGGCCGUCCCGGGAGCAAGCGACAGCACACCAUCCACAUCAUCGACUUUGGUCUGGCCAAAGAGUACAUCGACCCGGAAACCAAGAAACACAUCCCGUACCGGGAGCACAAGAGCCUGACGGGCACGGCCCGCUACAUGAGCAUCAACACACACCUGGGCAAAGAGCAAAGCAGGAGAGACGACCUGGAGGCUUUAGGUCACAUGUUCAUGUACUUCCUGCGAGGGAGCCUUCCCUGGCAGGGCCUUAAGGCGGACACAUUGAAGGAGCGCUACCAGAAGAUCGGGGAUACCAAACGCGCCACGCCGAUAGAAGUGCUCUGUGAGAGCUUCCCAGAAGAGAUGGCAACGUACCUGCGCUACGUCCGCCGGCUGGACUUCUUUGAGAAGCCCGACUACGACUACCUGAGGAAGCUCUUCACGGACCUGUUCGACAGGAACAGCUACGUGUUCGACUACGAAUACGACUGGGUCGGCAAGCCUCUGCCAACGCCCAUAGGCCCCAUCCCCAGCGACACGCCCGCACAGCCCAGCAGAGACAAAGCACAACAGCAGACCAAGAACCAGGUGAUGAGCUCCACCAACGGGGAGCUGAACACGGACGACCCCGGCGCCGUGCACUCCAACGCCCCCAUCACCGCCCCCACCGAGGUGGAGGUCGCCGACGAAACCAAGUGCUGUUGUUUCUUCAAAAGAAGAAAGAGGAAAGCCCUCCAGAGGCACAAGUGAGCCAGGGGAGGGGUGAGGGCGGGGGGGAGAGGGGGGAGACCCCAGAGGAACUUGAAACAUUCACUGUCCACUUUGACAACGGAAGCAGCAGCAAAGAGGAGGACACGGCAGCGCCCUCCCCCACGUCUCCCUCUCUCCCUCCCACCCUCCCUGCUACACGCCCCCCCCCACCCCUCUCUGGCUCACCCCCCCUCAGGGUGCGGGGGGAGUGUUGUGGUUCUACUGACUUCCACACACUGGUUCCUUUUCCAUUUUUUCUACCAUGGAGAGAAGACUCCUGUGCUGAAGGCUGGUGGGUGGGGCUGGGGGUGGGGGUGGGGCUGAGGCUGGGGCUGAGGGUGGGGGUGGGAGGAUUUGCAGGGGUGGCUUAUGGAUAAAAAAAAAAGUGCAAAGUUGUACCAAUGAAGUGUGAAUACCGACCGACGUGAAUAUGAACUAUGGAUCUACUGGUGAAGGGUUGUAGAUUCAGAACAUGGCUCAGCGGGGCCACUGAGAGGUCCUGUAGAACUCGCUCCCCAGCAGCAGAUCAACGUCAGACGCAUGAACGACACUAAUGUCUGCAUCACUGAGACGCAUCGCAUCCAUCAAGCAGAAUCAUCGAGGAUCUUUAUGUUCUCUUUUUUUCUUUUUUUUUGUAAUUGAAUCUUCAGUUUUCAAAGCGGACUCCUGGAUUGAAAACAAGCUUACUUUUAUGUUGUAGCGUUCUGGAUUUCUACAUUUUUUUUCUCCUUCCUCAUACUGGCUUUCUUUGUGUCCGUCAGCGUGGUCUUUGUAGCAGUCACUGGCCUCAGGUACUGUGGAAGGCGGCGAGCGUCUGAUAUUAAGCUCUCUUAUUACUAUUAUUGCACUUUUGGAGAAAAUGAAAAAGUACAGUGAAAUUUUAGGUUUGAAAUUAACAAUUAAGAAAACACCUUAAUAAAGACUGAUCUAGGAAGUCAUUCGCAAGGCAUAUAUAUUUAUGUAUCUAUAGCUAUAGAUAUAUCCAUAUAUAUCUAUAUCUAUAUCUAACCCUGGAUAUAUAUAUCAGAUUUACGUACGUAUGGCCGCAAAUGUUGUGAAUUUACAUGGAACAGUAUAAUGUCGUUCGAUUUUUAUUUCCUACAUCGAGAAUAAUUUCCCAGGAAAUCAUAGUUUGUGCCUUUCCAAGUAAAAUGUUUAAAGCUCAAGUGGUUGUCCAGAAAUGCAAUUUUAUCUUCAUUCCCCAAACGUGUCUGUCCAUCGUGGUGCUACGAAGUGAAGCCGUGCCACACUUCCCCGGCACACCAGGGAGUCGUCCCCUCUGCCCACGGCCGAAGGGCCCCACCGGGGGGCCCCGCCCCCACCGAGGGCCGGACACAGGACGGAACCAGGGGCCAGUCCCUUCUGCCCCCACGAGGGCCAGACAGGGGAAGGGACCGGGCCAGAACCCUGCUGUGAGCAGCAGCUGGGUUUAAGAGGCACACACCGGCCAGACACUAACCAACGGCCAACUGCCUUUAUCUGACCGCUCUGCUGCCUCUCGUCUGACCCAAUCAGCAGAAGGGUUUUAUGGAAACACACCGUGAAGACUAAUGUCAACUGCACAGUUGCGUGUACGUACUGCGCUUGCGUGAGAUGCGAUGUCUCCUUAACACUGGGCGGCGCUAGUGUCGUGGCAGUAAUCCAAAACAGGAAAUGACGGAACGGAGCGCAGACGAUCAAAUAGAAAAAUAAAGCUCAGAUUGGGUCAUUAUUUGUUUGACCUGAGAAGACGUUCAUUGUUGUCUAUGGACAUCAUUCAUUCCAUGAAGUGAACACUGACAGUUUUAGCCAUGGUCGUCUGGUCCUCGACACCCUUAUUUUACUAAUGUCACUCGUGAUAAAUUAGGAAUUAUGAGAACAUUAUAAUUAACUUGACACUUGAACUUUUCACAUUCCAGUAUCCCCUGACCAACAUCUAUGACGCUAGUGCGUAGACUUUGCAGUGAUAAUGAUGCAUAAGGCCAUUGUUUUUAUUGAUACUUAUGAUUCCCAAUUGAAACACGGGGAAGGUUCGGGAAGGUUCCGGUUUCUGGACUGGCUGCGGUAAUACAUCUGUCGAUGCUCGCGGGCGAGGUCAGGAUGGAUGGGAGUCUGGGGUUUCACCUUUGUAGCUCCAUGGGUUUCACCCUCUAAUUCCUCUUUUCUCAGGGUGUAUUUUUGUCAAGUGAUUUGGAAGUUGCAUUCAAGAGGGGGUGCUAAGAUAAUACACUAAGCUUUAUAUUGCAUUUUUUAAGUCCACUUAUCUGUUCUAAUAAUCCGUUCUAAAGGAUAACGCCACAUAUUUGCGUAGGCUUAGGCCUACUGCAUCUUCCCGAGGCCAUCUGCCGUCAGUCGAUUAUCUCUCCAUCAUCAUGUCUUUGUUUGUUCCAAAUUGAUUCAAGGAAUUAUCAUUCGACUGUAUUAAAAUGAAGAGGAGUAGUAUCUCCACGAGGAGCCUCUCGCGUUCACUCCCUGGACCAUAGCACCACCGUGUGACAACGGUAGUAUAAUUCAAAUAAUUAGCUGUUUUCUGUUUUGUACAAAUCCACGUCGGGAGCUCGUUGGUGUGAUUCACUCGGUAGAACUAUUUCCCUGGUUUAGAAAGGUACAUUUGAGAUGGCCCCAGUUAGUCAUAGGCCUAGUUAUAUAAUUUAUAUGAAAUAGGUAGCCUACUAUGAAAUAUAAAAUGUGAUCAAAGUACUCAAAACGAAAGCACCUUUAACCAUAACGACGACUAGGUUUUAAUAAAAAAAAGGAUUCAUCAUGAAGGUAACAGUUUAAACUCGACUAAGGGUAUACUGACUUAAGCCAAACAGGUGGGAGGCAAUUUCAGAGUAAGUUUUUGAUUGGCUAUUGCAGAUCUGCUCACAAUGAGCUGGGCCGACAGCAACAUGACCAGGAUGGGGUCGGAGCCGGAUCCCAGCAGGUAGGUCCUCAGACUCCCAGGUGGGUCCUCCCAGACCACAAGGCUGUCCCGACAGUGUUUGGUUUUAUCAUGACGUCAUGCUGAUAAUAACCGGGGGGGUUGGCUGCUCUGGCCAAUCAGUAUAACGCAGCUUAGUUUUUCGUGAACCAUUUGAACCACACACACACACACACAUUCAACUUUUGUUUUGAUAUAUUUAUGAUUCAUAAUGCAUAAUAUCCAUGACGUCACUUUACUUGGCCUUACUAAACUAAACUGGUGUUGGUGUAAAUGGAUAGCUUGCCUUGUUGAGGUUAAACCUAUACACCUCGGGCUGAAUGGGCUGAAAUAAAAGAUGAAAACAUCAUGACCCCAACACUAUGUCCUAUAAAUUCUGUUUGAAUGACAACAAAUGGUUAUAUUUUCAAUAAACAAGACCGUAUUUAAUGCGAUUGUACUGCUAUUGAAGACUAAUUCUAGACAGAACCAUUGAAGAAUUCUGUAUGGUUUAUCUUUUCGCCAAAUAAUUGUAAUGUAUAAAAAGGAACUAAUAUCAUCCGCCUAUUGUAAACAUUUGAAUGUAUCCUGUAAAAGUAUUCAAAUGGUUGGAACUUUUCUAAUCUUUAUAUAUUCUCUACUCUCUUCUGCUCACAAGAAA